ACAGCACGCAUGUGCCGUCAACCCGGAUGUAGAUAUUUUGGUUCGCCUCUGUUCACCGUCUAACCAAGUUAUGACAAAUUUGCUGCUGAGACUGAUUUAUAAAAUAUUAUAGCGCCGGCUGGACAAAGCUAAGCCAUUCCAAACCAGUCCAAACCGGGUUAACCAGCCGUGACAUGUGUCGACCUACGUGGAUGUCACAUCUGAGUGACAGCUCCACAGCAGUCUGUUUCCGAAGAGCUGCACUUUUGAUUCACGGUGAGAGAACACAAAAAUACGUCCUGUAACUUAAAGGAUGGACUUUCGCGGCAGGAGACACGAGCGAGGCAGCAACUGGACCGACCCGGAGAUAGUGGAGCUGCUCCAGCUGUGGUCCGAUGAGUCGGUCCAGAUUGAAUUGGAGAGCUCAUUGCGCAACCAACGCGUGUUUGACCGCAUAGCACACAUCCUGCGGGACAAGGGCAUCUACCGCACCGGUGACCAGUGCAGGGAGAAGAUCAAGAAGAUGAAGCUGGAGUACCGCCGCAUUAAGGACAACCACAAGAUGAGGUCUUGGAAGUUCUAUGAUGUUAUGGACAGGGUGCUGGCGAACCGACCGGCUAUUACCUACUCCUCCCUGGGCGGAGCUGUCAUAGCCCAACAGGUGUUUCAGAGCCCAGGUGGGCCUGACCAGUACGUGCAAGGAGUUCCAGCUGGCUCCUUUGGUCCCCUUUCCUCUGGUGGGUUUCUGUUUGGUCAGCCUCCAAAAGCUGGAGAUCCACUGGAUAUUAAAUGUGAAGAUGUUGACGAGAGCAUGCUGAAUUCAGGUGUCGCACCCCCCGAGAUGUACUACGGAUCAGGAGAUGACCAGGAAGCUGACGGGCAUUCUCUACUGGGGCCAGAGGACACCCUGGGUCGAGGGGAGAGCUCAACGAAUGCAAGAAUCUCACCCUCAGGUUUCAGUGACCUGAACAUUGUCGGCUCGGCCACAGCUGCUACCCAGGCUGGUGGUUGUCCUGUGCUCCAAGACGCAUCUGAGCUGCCCGGUAAGGAGUGUUCUCAUCCAACGACCUCUGGGAGACAGAGGAAGCGUCGCCGGGGUGGCAAAACAUCAUGGGGUCAAGGGGGUGCUAGAUGUGACAGUCAGGGACGCCUGGAUAAAGCCCUGGCCAGCUUCCUGAACUGGCAGCAGACAGCAGAGGAGCGCCUGCUCUCCCUGGAGGAGGCGCGGCUGGAGAGAGAGCUGCAGGCGGAGGAGCGCAGGGAACAGCGGGAGGAGAAGAGGGUGGAACAGGAGCGCCAGCAUGAGCUCCGUCUGUUCAGCAUGCUCACAGGGGCAUUGGUUGCUGUCAGACAGGGUGUGCCGGCGGCUGAGACAACGGCAACUGACCCCUCGUUCUCACCCCUAGCUCAUCUGUCAGCUUCACUGAUGACCACAGCCGCCCCCUCCGUCUCAUCAUCUUUAUCUCAGCCACCUUCAGACACUCCCACCGCACAGGCCGUUUCCACCCAGGAGACAGCCAAAUCAACACUUCCCACAUCUGUCAAGGUCUGCGAAAUGUCUCAGAAUGUGUUGGCAACACCGAAAGUUGCGGAAACUCCCAGCCCUAGCGUGUAUCUGUCCAACCGUGGUAACAGCAUCCGACAGCAUCAGGGCAUUCUCCAGGAGGGCUACGUACAGUAUGGAAUGGACAAAUACCAUGACACAGAUAACCCCGAUGGUAUAAUCAACAUGGGUACCAGUGAAAACAAACUAUGUUAUGAUCUUCUUCAUAAACGGAUGACCAAGCCUGACAUGCUACAUAUUGACCCGUCUUUAUUGCAGUAUUCAGACUGGAGGGGACACACAUUCCUGAGAGAGGAGGUUGCAAAGUUCCUGACUCACUACUGCUGUUCACCGAACCCACUGAAAUCUGACAAUGUUGUGGUGAUGAAUGGUUGUGGUUCCCUCUUCUCAUGCAUUGCUGCAGUCAUUUGUGACCCUAAAGAUGCCAUUCUCAUUCCUACUCCUUUCUACGGCGUUAUCACCGAGGAUCUACAUUUGUACAGUGAUGUCAAACUCUUUCACAUUCCUCUUGACUGUGAGGCAGAUGGCAAAGACAGUCGACCCUUCCACCUCACUGUAGGGAAACUAGAAGAAGGUCUGAAAAAGGCUAAGGAAGAGGGCUUGAUCAUCCGAGCUGUUAUACUGAUGAACCCCCACAACCCUCUGGCCGAGAUCUACACCCCGGAGGAAAUGAUUGCCUUCUUGGAAUUUGCCAAAAGAAAUGAACUCCAUGCCAUAGUAGAUGAAGUGUACAUGCUGACGGUCUUUGAUGAAUCUGUCACCUUUCACAGUGUCCUCAGUGUAGACAGUUUGCCCGACCCACAGAGGACGCAUAUAAUGUGGGGGAUGAGCAAGGACUUUGCAAUGGCAGGAAUCAGAAUAGGCACCCUGUAUACUGAGAACAGAGACCUUGUGGAGGCUUUGGCCCAGCUGGGCUCAUUCCACGGUAUCUCUGGAACCACCCAGCACCAGGUAGCACAACUUCUUCAGGACAGAGAGUGGAUCAGCAAGGAAUUUUUGCCUGAGAAUAGAUGCAGACUGAAAGCUGCUCACAGUUACCUGACAGGAGAGCUGCACGAUAUGGGCGUCCCCUACCUGGACAGACCUGCUGCGCUGUAUGUCUGGGCUGACCUCAGAAAGUACCUCAAAGAGUCGUCAUUCGAGGAGGAGUUGUCUAUGUGGAGGUGUUUCCUCAGACACAAGGUGGUUUUGAGCUGUGGUCAGGCCUUCUCCUGCUCCACACCUGGCUGGUUCCGCAUUAUCUUUGCAGACCAACAGCACCACCUUCAGCUUGGCCUGAAGCGAAUUAGGGAGGCUUUGAAAGAAAUUGAAGGAAAAAACAGCAGCCCUGAUUCACACUCUAUCAAAGACGCCAGUGAGGAGAGCAAAAAGUCCGUGAAAGAGGACAGUGCAGAUUCAGACAGUGCGGCGAUUGUCAAUUCAACAUCAUCACCCCAGAGCAAGUCAUCCGACCAGCUGAAAGAGAAGGAUAGACCUGUUCCUGACACAGACUCGCUGGCCACUGAGGAGUUUGUGUUGCUGGACUGCCAAGCAUCGAAGCCCACAGACGGUUUGGAUUCUCUAAUCGGGACUCUCAGGCACCAGAUCCACUCCUCUGAUUGGCUGGAGAAAAACACUCCAGAGUUGUCUGCUGGAGAGGACCCAGAGAUUCUUGAUGUAUUCAAGGCCCUGCUGCAAAGAGCCAGAAAGUAAGCUUAGGAUAAACAGGCAAAAAUGUAUAGCUGCCAAAUUUCAAGAGGCAGCACUUCAGCAUCCUCCUUACUCCCUGCGUCUACGGUGAAAGGCUUGACACACUAACACCUGACACAAGGUACAAUCUGAUGCCUGUUUAUGAGUGAAGAGGGAGUAUUAGCUGAGAGCAAACCAUAGAGGAGGGAAGACGAAAAGUAAUGCAGGCAAGGCCAGGAUGGAAGAACAGGACAGAGUACUUUUCUAUCUGUAUCUUGAGGCCUUAUUUUUAAGCUGCUAAGGGAGAUGGCCUUGUGUUUUUGUAAUCCAGACUCAAAAGAUUAAUGUUUAUCUACUCAAAUCAUAAGUGAAUGCCAAAUGUAAAUCAACCAAAAUCAGCCAUGUGCCAUUCUUAAACAUUUUAUGUCUCUAAAUCUGAAUUGUACACCCUUAUUAUUUGGUCAUAUGCACUUUAUUUUAUCAGAAUGUCUUGUACUGUGUGUACAGUUAAUGAUCUGUGAAUAAAGUAAUGAAUUAUUA